AUGUCUUAUAGCUUGCCAGAAGCAAUGCUUGCAUCACCAUCAUCAUUAAAGUCACCAACAUCAUCUUUGUCUGCACCAAAUCCGAAAACGUCAAUAGAGAGUUCGAGUUCCAUUAAUGAAUGCCAUGCUAAGGAUGCAUGUGAUAAUGCUGACUCUAUGAAUUAUGCAACAGUUGUAUGUCAAUGCCAGUCUCAUCUAGGCCGAGUUCUGCUAAACAAGAUAUAUCCCUUUACAACUGAAAAGAUAUUUACGAUGCUCUUCUCUUCAGUACCGUGGUAUCAUCAUCUGCAGAAUACUGUUCGUAAGACAGCUCAUGGGAAAAUGCUAAAUGCUGUGACUGAAUACGUAACAACGUCUUGGUUGUUAAUUGAACCUGCUCUCACAACGCGUACAGCAACUUAUAUUAUGGCACUGAAUAAUGCAAUAGGUCCAAAGAGUACGUCAGUCACCGAAAAACAAACGUGCUCGGAAUUCGGUAAUGUAAAUGAUGGAUUCACCGUAAUAAAAGAGAUUCAAAAUGCGGGUAUCCCUUGCGCUGAUAGUUUUACUGUUCGCUGUACUUACUGCAUAAUUCGAGUAGAUGGCAGCCACUGCCGAAUUCUGGUGCACGGAGCUAUCAUGUAUAACAAGAGCAUGUGGAGCAUUGUAAGAGGUCUAAUAGAAAAAAGUACAUAUGAUGGCCUGGAAAGCCAUUAUGCAGCCCUUGAUGAGACUUUGACGUUAUUGAGUCACGCUGAAAAGCCGAAAGGUAAUGAUGAAGCACUAAUAACGAAGUGUGAGACAAAGGUCAGAGGCAAAGUGCUAAAUGGGUACGCAAAUAUCGAUAUUUCUACUUUGUCAUGCAAAGUUUUGCAAGUCUCUAAAGAUAGUAGAUGA